CCACCCUUUACUUUACUAAUCACACCCCUAUCUCUCUCUUCCUCCUCCUCAAAUCUUUGUAGUUUUGUUUCUUUUUCCUUAAAAACAUUCAUUGACUUUGUGUUUUUUUUUUCAUUCACCAUAAGAAAAUCUCUCAAUAAUUAAUUUACUUGAACAUUAUUGAUGUUCAACAUCUUCAUAUUGUUCAUGCUUCACAUUCAUGUCUCCAGUUCUUAGUGAAAUCCUUCUUUCUGGAUUUAUCAUAGAUUCAUCCUUAAAACGUAGGACACACUUAGUUCAAUCUUUCUCUGUUGUCUUUCUCUAUUGGUUCUAUGUUUUUUCAUAAAUCUCCUAACACCAUUCCAAAACUACACUAUAUUUUAUAAUUAUAUAAUAGUCAUAAUAAUUAUUUAUCUAUAUUAAUUAAGAUAAGAUUUUCAACUUUUAUUUUUAUCUUUGCUUUGGAAAUUAAAAAAAAAAAAAAAACUAGUUUAUUAUUUCUUUAUUGUGAAUAUUAUUAUUCUAUGGCCACUUCUAGUGGAAACUCUAGUGUGUCCACAAAAUCUCAAAGCUAUGGCUCUGAGGAAGAUUUGGAAAAUUUGAAGCUUUUGAUGGAUCAAAGAAAGAGGAAGAGAAAACAAUCGAACCGCGAAUCGGCGAGAAGAUCGAGAAUGAGGAAGCAGAAGCAUAUGGAUGAUUUAGUUGUUGAAGUUGAAAGACUAAGAAAUGAAAACAAUGAAAUGGUGACAAGGAUGAACAUGUCAACACAACAUUAUUUGAAAAUUGAGGCUGAGAAUUGUGUUCUAAGAGCUCAAAUGUGUGAACUUAAUCAAAGGCUACAAUCAUUGAAUGAUAUCAUCAACAUGAUGAACACAACAACAACAACAAUUUCUGAAGUUAAUUAUCCAAACAAUGAUUGUUUUUUAACAAUUGCUGAUAAUUGCUUCAUGAAUCAAAUCAACAACAUGUCAUAUCUUAACCAAUUGCCAAUUAUGGCAUCUGCAGAUAUGUUUAUGUGGUGAAUUGUUGGACCUCAAAAAAAGGAAAAUUAAGAUAAUAUUAGAAGAACUUAAUUGGAAAAAAAAAAUGAUUAAUAGGUUGCUUUAGUAGUACUCAACAUUGUCCAAUAUUUUGAGGAAAGAAAAAAAAAGAUGUUGUGGAAGUGCUUUUUCUGCUUUUCUAUAUUAGCUUGUGUGUUGUGAGUUUGCUUUUUCUUGAUGUUAAAAUAGUAUUGGUUCUUUUUCAUACCAAUGAAAUAAGUGCUUGAUUCUCCUAUGAAUAAAAGGUGUUUGUCUCUAUCAAUUUUUUUUUUUAUAAAAGUAUUAUCAAUUAUAAACUUUAUUUGAUGGCAACAUGAAAUAUAUAUGCUCACACCUGUCAUCUUUUGGACUAGCUUGAGGACUCAUUUUUGAAUUAC